UAUUUAGGUGAGAAGUCUGAUUCUUCUUCUUAUUCUCUUCUUCUAUUCUUCUUUCUUCUUUCCUAAUUGUCCUUCAUCAGCUAUUUUGAAUGAGAUCUUGGAUUAUGACAAAUAAUAGAAGAUACUAUUUUUUGAGGCUGACUAUGGAUCGAUUAUAGUACUUAUGACUAUUUGUCUUAUUGAAUGAGAUUCUAAAUUGUUAUACAGGCACUGAUACUUCUCGUCCUUCCUAAGUUCCUUUCCCACCCUCUAACCUCGUAUCAUACACGGUUAGCCCUCUAGCCAUAAACCCACGCUUGUUAGGAAGCAACAAUGCCGUCAAAGCGUAGGAAGAAACAAUUCCGUCAGAGCAAAGACAAGGAAAUCCUAGACGCCUCCCACUUGUUCUUCUAAAAUAGUAAUAUAAGUCGAACUAUUGACAAGUCCAAACAUUGUUUUCCCUGCCAUUCUUCCAUAAUUUAAAAAUUUGCAAGCCGUUUGUGUCGCCAUGGUCCCCCGGCUUUGUUUCUUCCUCCCACCUCCUUCCUUGAAUCCAUGACUAUUAUUUUGACAUAUAAUAUGCAUCGUAUGUCACGAUCCUAGAAGCAGUAUAGCCUCUAAGUAUCCCCCAACCACCCCCUAGUACCUCUCUCACCUCUCAGCUCUUAAACCCUGCCUUCAAGACUCGUAGUCUUAGAGGAAGAAGCGAGGAAGAGGGAUAUGGAGGUCCGGGGGAAGAGGGGGACGGAAGUGGGGAGAUGGGUGGGAUUUGUGACGGCGGUUUGGGUGCAGUGCAUCUCCGGGAACAAUUACACUUUCUCCAAUUACUCCGGAGCGCUGAAGUCGCUGAUGGGGCUCACCCAGCUGGAGCUCAACAAUCUCUCGCUGGCGAAGGACGUCGGCAAGGCCUUCGGCCUCCUUGCCGGUCUCGCCUCCGACCGCCUCUCCACCCCCCUCAUCCUCCUCAUCGGCUCCCUCGAAGGCCUCAUCGGCUACGGCGCCCAGUGGCUCGUCGUCCGCCGGUCUAUCCCCCCUCUCCCCUACUGGCAGAUGGGUCUGCUACUGUGCCUGGGCGGUAACAGUACGACGUGGAUGAACACGGCGGUUCUGGUCAUCUGCAUGAGAAAUUUCCGGCGGAGUCAAGGGCCGGUGUCGGGGAUCUUGAAGGGCUACGUGGGUCUGAGCACCGCCAUCUUCACCGAGCUCUUCUCCGCCCUCUUCGGCAACGACCCGGCUGCCUUCCUCCUCAUGCUCGCCGUCGUCCCCGCCACCGUCUGCAUCGCCGCCAUGUUCUUCCUCCGCGAGUCCCCCGCCGGCGCCGCAGCGGCGGAGGACGAGACCGCGACCAAGUACUUCGGGGCGAUCAACGCGAUGGCGGUGGUCAUCGCGGUCUGCCUCCUCGCCUACGACCUCACCGGCGACCACGGCGCCGCAGUGUCCCGCGCCUUCGUGGCCGUCCUACUCGUCCUUCUCGCUGCCCCGGCGGCAGUCCCGAUGCACGCAGCCUUCAAGGCCAGAUCCAAGAGUCCGGACGUGGAGAGUGAAAUCAAACAACCUCUCCUGGUCGAGGAGGUGAAGGUAGAACCGGCGGCGGUGGCGCCGCCAGACGUGGCGGAGGAGAAGGGGGAGGGGAAGAGGGGGCCGGCGAUCGGGGAGGAUCACACGAUAUGGGAGGCGGCGAAGACGGUGGAUUUUUGGAUUCUUUUCCUUUCGUUUUUGUGCGGGGUGGGGACGGGACUAACGGUGAUGAAUAAUAUGGGGCAGAUGGGUUUGGCGAUGGGGUACAGGGAUGUCUCAAUAUUCGUGUCGAUGAUCAGCAUCUGGGGCUUCUUCGGCCGGAUCGGAUCCGGGUCCAUCUCCGAGUACUUCCUCAAGAAAACUGCAACGCCAAGACCUCUAUGGAACGCAGCCUCGCAGGUUCUAAUGGCAGCUGGUUACGUGGUCAUGGCCUUGGCCUUGCCGGGAUUCCUCUACAUUGGCUCCAUUGUGGUCGGGAUAUGCUACGGCGUCCGCAUCGCCAUCACAGUCCCUACUGCCUCUGAGCUCUUUGGCCUCAAGUAUUAUGGCCUCAUCUACAACAUGCUCAUCUUAAACCUUCCCCUCGGCUCCUUCCUCUUCUCUGGCCUCCUCGCUGGGCUUCUCUACGACUCCCAGGCAACCAACACGGCUGGAGGUGGCAACAUGUGUGUCGGUGCCCAUUGUUACAGGCUUGUGUUUCUGAUCAUGGCCUUUGCAUGCCUCAUUGGGUUUGGAUUGGAUGUGUUAUUGGCAUUCCGAACAAGGAAGGUAUACUUGGAGAUUCACGACGGCAAGAAAUCGAGGAAGACAGGCAGCUGGGCGACGACCAGUAAGAGCUGACUUAGGUCCUGUUUGGAGGAGCUGUUAGCAGUAGAGCUUUUGGAAGUAGAGCUAUUAGAAAGUAG